AUGCUCAGCGGUGUUGCCAAUCUUUGCGCUGUGACAUAUGAUCGCUACGUAGCUGUCACGCAGCCAUUUCGUUAUCUGGGCAUUAUGCAAAAGAAAUAUCGUUAUUUGUUAGUCAGUGUGUGGCUGGUAUCAGCUACAGUUGCAGUACUUCCGAUAUUGUGGAAGGAUCAGAGACAUUCUCGAGGACAUCAGAUCUACGUGAUGGCUGUGCAGAUUUUGUUUAUCGGUCUUCCGUUCAUUGUGAUAGCUAUCAUAUACUAUCGUAUAUAUCAUCACGCAAGGAAGUGCAAUAAAGUGGCACGCUGUCAUAGCAACACUCACGUGAUCAACACUCAAUUCAAGUCUUUGAAGCGUACAGAAAGUGAGUUCAAAGUAGCUUGUGUCUUUGCUUUGGUGACUGUGAUGUUUUUUCUCGGCUGGUUUCCUGUCAUUUACUAYACCUCGGCUUUUUUAUUCGGUCAUGCGCGUUCAGUACCGAGAGAGAUCACCGAGUUAUCUCCCAUCACAUUAGCACUGGGGUCGCUUGGCAACCCUUUUGUUUACUCACUAGUUAAACCGGACUUCAGGAAAGCUCUUCGGAAACUACUCGGAAAACAGAAAAAGCACGUCGUGAAAGGUUCGGGAAGUGGUCCCACGUCGGUUUCAAGAAUGAGUCAAAAGAAAGGUCGUGACAGCCAGGAAAAGAGUCAUGAAAAGAAUCCCAAAGAGACAAAUCUAUGA